GGCCGGCUGGCCGAAUAUGGAGCUGUCGUUGCCCAGGUACGUGGGCUCCCCGCUGUACAGGUAGAUCUUGGUGUAGUUGGUCUGCGAGCGGCUGGACAGGCGCGCUCCCAGCUGGCUCAGCUUCCUGUAGGUGCGGUGGACGAACUGCGAGCAGUCGUAGGACUCGAACCACACGGUGGCGUUGGGGCCGGGGUCCGAGCGAACCGUCCACGUCUCGUAGUAGAUCCCGGUCUCGUUGUCGUCCUGGAUCCAGCGGGCCAUGUCGUUGAACUGUCCGCCAUGCUCACCCUGCUGCACUGCGGCCGGAGCCUGCUGACGCCCGGGACUGUGCGCAGCCUCAACAAAACUUUCUACUCCGCACAGAUGGCGAAGCGGGUGGCCGUGGUGCUGGCGGGCUGCGGAGUUUACGACGGCACUGAGAUCCACGAAGCCUCCGCUGUUUUGGUGCACCUGAGCAGAGGAGGUGCAACUGUGAACAUGUUCGCCCCCAACGUUGACCAGAUGCAUGUGAUCAAUCACCUGAAAGGGGAGCCGUCUGAGGAGAAGAGAAACGUGCUGGUGGAGAGCGCCAGGCUCGCCCGCGGAAAUGUCCAGGAUCUCUCUAAACUCAACGUCAAAGACCACGAUGCGAUCAUAUUUCCAGGCGGUUUCGGGGCAGCGAAGAACCUGUGCACGUGGGCGGUGCAGGGGAAGGACUGCACGGUGAACGAGGAGGUGAAGGCCGCCCUGCAGGCCUUCCACGGGGAGGGCAAACCCAUCGGCCUCUGCUGCAUCUCGCCUGUCCUGGCCGCCAAGGUCUUCCCCGGCUGUGAGGUGACCGUCGGCCGUGAGCAGGACGACAAGUACCCGGACACCAGCGACACCGCCGCCGCCAUCAACCAGCUGGGCUGCAAACACGUGAGCACGAGCGUGGGCGAGAGCCACCACGACCAGAAGAACAAGCUGGUGACCACCUCUGCCUUCAUGUGCAACGCUCCCAUCCACGAGAUAUUCGACGGGAUCGGCACCAUGGUGCAGGGAGUCCUGAAGCUGGCCUGA